AAGUACCUUCUCACUCGAGGUACUGCUGGCGAAAAUCGGGCUCAAACUGAGCAACUAGCAGCAAAACAAUGGCUACUGAACUCCGUUUCCCUGACAGCCUCAUUGACGAAGACCCACAGAAAGCUCUCGAGGCACUGAACGAGGCCUUGCAAGGAGACGCCGACAACACCGAGUGGCUCUGUCAGCGUGCCUAUGCUUACAUACUUCUCAAAAACUACAGCUGUGCUGUUAAUGAUGCCAAGAAAGUGCAGCAGCUGAAUCCAGGCCUUUCGCUUGCCUUCAUGCGUACAGGAAUAGCAGAGUACCAUCUGAGCCACUAUGAGUCAGCCCAUGCAGCCUUCACUCAAGGACAGCAACUGAAUGUUUCUGACCAGUCAUUUGAGAUUUGGAUCAAGCGAUGUGAGGAAAUGUUGGGUGAAAAGCACAACGGCAGUGUUGACACGCAAAUACCAGCAGUGCCACAUGUGAAACAUGACUGGUACCAAACAGAAUCUCACGUCAUCAUCUCGGUUAUGGCAAGAAAUGUACCAAAGGAUGGUGUGUGUGUCAGCUUCAUGGAAAAAGAGCUCUCAGCCUCAAUAAGGCUGGCGUCCGGGGAAAACCGCAACCUCAACCUCCACCUUCUGCAUCCCAUCGUCCCCCAACAGAGCAACUUCCGGAUCCUCAGCACUAAGGUGGAGAUGAAGAUGAAGAAGAGAGACGCCAUCAGAUGGGAGAAGCUGGAGGGAGAGGGACAGGAAUCCAACAUCAAACACUUCAAUCCAAAUCAAUGCCCGACAUCGAGCCAGCGCAGCCAAAAAUGGGACAAGAUGGUGGUGGAUAUUAAGGAGGAGGAGAAGAACGAGAAGUUGGAAGGCGACGCGGCCCUCAACCAGCUCUUCCAGCAAAUCUACGCCGAUGGUUCGGACGAAAUCAGGCGCGCGAUGAACAAGUCUUUUACGGAGUCAAACGGUACAGUCCUGAGCACCAACUGGAAAGACGUUGGCAAGAGAAAAGUGGAAGUCAGCCCACCCGAUGAUGUUGAGUUAAGGAAAAACUGAAUACCUCCCUCGCUCGUUCUCUUCCCCUUCUUUUUUUUUUUUUUUUUUUUCCCCCCUCCGUUUG